GCGAGAGUUGGUCGUCCGGGUGUCGGAAGCUGCUCAUAACUCCUGCCGAGGGGCGGGCUCGCUGCAGACGGCUUUUCAUCCGCUCUCCGCUAGCUUGGUGGCGCAAGAUGGCCGAUAUCUCGCUGGACGAGCUCAUCCGGAAGCGCGGAACGGCGACCAAGGGACGGCUGAGUGUCAGACCAGGAAUUGGAGGCGUCCGGUCUCGAGUUGGGCUCCAGCAUAGUCUUCUUAGCCAGCAGGCUCGCACGGCCACCUUCCAGCAGAGAUUUGACGCCAGGCAGAAGAUUGGCCUAUCAGAUGCUCGGCUUAAGUUGGGUGUCAAAGAUGCCCGUGAAAAGCUUUUGCAGAAAGAUGCCCGGUUUCGGAUCAAAGGAAAAGUACAAGAUGCCAGAGAGAUGCUGAACUCACGAAAGCAGCAGAACACUGUGCCCCAGAAGCCCCGCCAGGUGGCUGAUGCCCGGGAGAAGAUCAGCUUGAAGAGGAGAUCCCCUGCUACAUUCACGAGCCCGCCCAUCGGGACUGUGACCCCUGCUCUGAAACUCACCAAAACUAUCCAGGUUCCACAGCAAAAGGCCAUGGUGCCACUUCAUGCCCAUCCUGCUGGAAUGAGGAUCAAUGUUGUCAAUAACCACCAGGCCAAACAGAACUUGUAUGACCUAGAUGAAGACGAUGACAUUGUGGCACCUGUUCCUACCAAGCAGAUGAAGUUUGCAGCCACUGGCAGCCUUGCCCACCACAUGACUGGCCUGAGUAGUUCCAAGCUGUCCAUGUCCAAGGCCCUGCCUCUCACAAAAGUGGUCCAGAACGACGCCUACACCGCUCCUGUUCUCCCCGCCUCUGCCCGAACCAAAGCCUUGACCAACAUGUCCCGGACACUGGUGAACAAGGAGGAGCCUCCCAAAGAGCUGCCACCUGCCGAGCCUGUGCUUAGCCCCUUGGAAGGCACCAAGAUGACUGUGAAUAAUCUACACCCGCGAGUCACAGAGGAGGACAUAGUUGAGCUUUUCUGUGUGUGUGGAGCUCUCAAGCGGGCUCGACUGGUCCAUCCUGGGGUAGCAGAGGUUGUCUUUGUGAAGAAGGAUGAUGCCAUCACUGCUUACAAGAAAUACAACAACCGGUGUCUGGAUGGGCAACCUAUGAAGUGCAACCUUCACAUGAAUGGAAAUGUCAUCACCUCAGACCAACCCAUCCUGCUGCGGUUGAGUGACAGCCCCUCAGUGAAAAAGGAGAGUGAGCUGCCUCGGAGGGGCAAUCCUGCCUCUUCCAACCCUCCUGCCGAAGUGGACCCCGACACCAUUCUCAGAGCACUCUUCAAGUCCUCAGGGGCCUCAGUGACCACACAACCCACAGAAUUCAAAAUCAAACUUUGAGAAGGGGAGCAAGGCAGCCAGAAACAGGGCAGAGGAGGGUGGCUCUGUUUCCCAAGGCAAAGUUGAGACCAACGGGCCAUCGGACUGAAGCCCCUGAUCAAGGGACAAAGUUCCAGGGAGAGCUUCCUCGCUGGACGGGACCCACCUUUCUGUGUUACUCUGUACCUUGCUCUUCCGUGUGUUCCAUUUCUGUAGUAUGUUGCCUCUUUCCUGCACUCAUCACCCAGGUAGGCUGGGCUUGUCGCUGUGCCUCCCCUACCCUCGGCCCCUAGCUGCUUUCUUCUCUAGAAAUGGUGGUGCACUCUUUCCCUGGGUAGCCUUCUUGUGGCCCAGUGGGACACAGGGUGCAGGAGCUUGUUGGAAAGACUGCUUCUUUUUUUUUUUUUUAAAUGUUUUCAAGAGUUUUCUUGUUCUGUUGAAGUUUUCACACAAAACAGGGAAUGAAUGGGGCCUCCUGCCAUUCAGUGGGCACCAGGUCAGCUGGGGGCUGCAUCAGGCUGCUGGCUUCUGUGUUCUCACCACUGUCCUCUCCAGGCCUGACUGCCAAUGUGCAGUGCUCUGUGACAGGCAGGUAGGGCGGCUGUGGCCAGCUCUUGGCCACCUGUGCUGUCUCGGCAGUGUACGACAUCCCAGCGUUCAUGCUCCCUUGUUAGUGUUGGGCCAAAGGCCCUGGCUCGGCUCUCAGCUUCCACAUGGGAGUGAGGAGGGACCUGUGCCUACUCACCCUCUGAGUUCACACCGUACAGGGCAGCAGCAAAGCCUGGUUUUGGUGCAGGUGCCAGUUCCAAGUUGGUUGAGCCUUUUCCCAGGUUCUACCCUGGGCUGCAGCGCAGAGGACUUGGGGGAGAUUGAUUGAAUCAGAGCCAUUGGUUGGCUCUGCCUCUGCUUUUCUGACUGGUUAUCUACAAAACAGCAAUCAAGGUUGCCCAAAGUGCAGCCUCUACCAGGGCCAGGGCCACUGUCUCUGCUAGUGUAGUGACCCACACUGACGAGAAGUCUGAGGAGGGCAGGCCUAAGAAGCAGGCUGGUGGGUUACUUUAUACAGUGUGCUUCUCUGUUGUUAGUGUGGCGCUGUGGGACGUGGGCAGGUGCUGAGUGUCAGGUAGCAGCGUUCCAGAGCUGGCCAGUAGUCCCCUGACGAUGGCAACAGAAGAUGUAAGCUGUCCUAGCUGCAGCAGGAUCCAUCCCAGGAGUGCACUCUUACGAGCCAAGGAACUAAGGAAGCUGAGGCACUGUGAACCCAGUCAAGGCUAGCCCAGGAAAGAACCUCAACUAAUUGCUAUUUUCCUGAGUUAGACCUGCCCAGCUGGAAGGGUCUGUUUUGAAUCUAAAUCAAGCCUUCAGGUCUAAGGUUGCCCAGCAAAGGAACCUGGGAAUGACAUCUGGGGUGUCCACUCCUAUAGAAGCCUCCUUCUCUUAAACCCUUCUAAAUGGGUACAAACUUAAUUCUUCUCAGAAACUGGAAGACAUUCCUCUGUGUUUGCCCCUUCCUGGCCCACUAGGAAGCUAGGGGCUACCUUCUCUGCCCUAAUGGGAGCAGUUGGCACGCCUUCUGCUUUGUGUAGAGUAGGGACGGCUGAGGCCCUUCCUGGGUCCCCUGUCUUUUUGAGCCAGGCGUGCUAUGAUGGCACACUCAACCAAGUCAUGUGGUACUUUGGGGAGUGGGGUGUUUGCCCCUCCUGCAUUUCACAAUGUCAUCUUGGGAAACAGAAAAGAAGGUUCCCCACUCCAUGCAUUACUUCUUUGUGUCUUGUUCAGGAGAGAAAGACAUUGUGGGAUGGAGGGGCUUGUUACUUUCCAUUUCUCAAUAAAUGUUUGUUAUUCCUAA